GUGAAAGGUAUUUCACGACAUGACGAGGACCAAGAACAGUGAAACUAUCAUUUGACACUAUGUGGAGGAAGCCCAUCUAAAAGCGAUCUGUGAUCGUUCCUUUUCAAGGAUUGUAUAGUGAAGGCCAGGUUACUUAGGCUUGGAAUUAUGUAACAACAACAAAUGGCGCAGAAAUUGUUCAUGUACACCUCRAGGCUUCUAGCACGGCAUUACAGCUCAAGAUUAUGGCCAAAAACGUAUAAUAUUGUCACAUUUGGUAAUAAAGGAGUUGUAACUAGAGGAAUAAUGCUAAGUGCUGGUUUACUAGCCAAAACCACAGAUGAAGAAUGGGGAAAAAAACUUACACCUCAACAAUACCACGUUUGUAGGCAAAAGGGAACCGAGCCGCCUUGGUCUGGUGAAUACUUAGACUGCAAAGAAAAAGGUCUUUACCAAUGCGUUUGUUGUGGUGCCAAUUUAUUUAGCUCAUCUACAAAGUUUGAUUCAGGUAGUGGCUGGCCUUCAUUUUAUGACACUGUAAAGGACAAMAAAGGUGUAGCGAAUACAAAAGAUAUUAUUGACAAAGGCUAUGGGAUGGUCAGAGUGGAAGUUCUCUGUAGCAAGUGUGACAGUCAUCUUGGUCAUGUGUUCAAUGAUGGUCCACCGCCCACRGGGCUAAGAUACUGCAUCAAUAGCUUGGCUUUGAAAUUCAAACCAGAAUGAUGUUGGUUAGGAAUGUUUUGCAAUGAAGUCCACUGACACUGUGUAUGGACCCUGUAUGGUACCUCCUGUAUUACAGCUUGAAGUGCUUGGAAUAAAGAAGAGUUCAGGGACUGUUGGGUUUUGACUCUAUAAUGUCAACAACCAUUGGACUCCUGAUAUAAGCUUAAAUUAACUAAAGAACUUAAAUACAAUUGACAUAACUUACUUAAGCUUAAGUAAGCUUAUAAGUUACAGGAAGUUGUUGUAAAAAGUCUAAAAAGAAAUACUUCAGAAAAGAUAUCUUGCUUGAUGCCAUGCUUGUAA